GGCACGAAAAACCAGGGUUUGAAGCAGAUUUUUUAAGGCGUUUGUUGCCCUUGCCUCUGUAAUUACUGUUCUAGAGUCUGUGCUCCACUGUAUACUGAACAAACUGCUUACAGAAAAACAAUGAGUAAGUGUAAUGAGCUCAGUGAUAGAGACAGAGAUCUGCUGCUCAUCCGUAGGUCCAGUGGAGCCAAAACCACUCAGAUGGCUCAGAUGGAAAAGAUGCUACAACAAACGAAAAGCCUAAUGAAGACGACAGAGGCAGAUUCAGAAAGCAAAGACUGUGGGGAUGUCAUGGUGACUGAUCUGGAAGAGAAGGCCCAGCGCAGCAGAAAAGAGCGCCGUAACUCCCUCCACCGCACACAACUGCUGGGGACUCAGAUGAAGACUGUUCAUGGCGAUCUUAUUGGCACCCUUGAUCACCUGCAGGAGCUGCGCAACAAAUUGCGGCGCUCACAGCAGAAUGCAGAAGAGCGAGAAGCAGCUAUGCAAAAAUUGGCAACAGGGCUCAGCACUGCCUUAACCCUGGGUAUGGAGCUCACCAGAGCUUCACAGGUGACACAUGAUGACAUCACAGAGCUGGUGGAUGUUAGAGACCUUGUGCUCCUCCACCUUCCGUUUGAGGAUUCCCCACAGAUGCUCAAUAGGGUUUAAGUCUGGAGACAUGCUUGGCCAGUCCAUCACCUUUAACCUCAGCUUCUUUUGGGGUCGUUAUCAUGUUGGAAUACUGCCCUGCAGCCCAGUCUCCGAAGGGAGGGGAUCAUGCUUGACCAUGCUUGACUGUAGGCUUGACACACUUGCCUUUGUACUCCUCACCUCGUUGCCGCCACACACGCUUGAGUUUAAGCUCUAUGACAUUCAGCUACAGUAUUUUGGUGAUUCAGUUUUCCUGUAUUUUGUUUAUAGUAGCAUUUAUAGUUUUAUUUCUCCUGUUGUUGCAGAAAUGCAGCCUUAACGCAAGACAUUGCAGGUGAAUCGGGUACAUUUUUUAACAUUAAGAUACUAUCAUUACACUUAACCAAUAAAUU